AUGAAAUGGAUAUGGAGAUAUUGGGAAGAGAGAGAGUUGUUGUGGGCAAAAGUCGUGAGAUCAUUAUAUGGAGACGUUGAGUGUGGAGAGGAGGGCCUUCACCUCAGGGGUACUAGAAGAAAUAAGGGUGGAUGGUGGCCGAAAGUCUUGUCAGUGGGGGGAACAACAUCUGGGAAAUGGUUCCUGGACAAUAUCUGUCGAAAGAUUGGGAACGGGAAUGAGACCAAGUUCUGGGAGCACAAAUGGGUAGGGACAAAACCACUAAAGUACGUCUUCCCUAGAUUGUUUCAACUAAGUGCCAAUAAGGAUGUCACAGUUGGGGAGUGGGGAACUUGGGAAGAGGGCUCUUGGAUUUGGGAGAUGAAGUGGAUGCGAGAUUUGUUCGAGAGAGAAAAUGAGGCAAUUGAACAACUAAAAAACUCUAUCUCUCAUUAUGUACCGGUUCCAGGUCGAGUCGACAGCUGGGUCUGGGAGGUAUCACCAGACGGUAAAUUCUCCACAAAAUCGGCGUACUUAACUAUAAAAGCAAGCCGAAUUAUGGAGUCGAGGACGAACGGCGAAGAGAAAAGGCGUGCAACAAUUUGGAAGUCGCCGGCUCCCCAAAAAGCGAUUGUCACAGCAUGGAGGCUGAUGCGAAAUAGGCUCCCAACUUGCGAUAACUUGAGGAAGAGAAGUAUUGAUUUUGGAAAAGAAGAAUCCAAGUGCAACGAAUACAAACUCCUUCCAGAAUCGACAAAUCACCUUUUUCUUACGUGUCCGAAGACGGAGGAAGUUUGGAACGAGCUCCAGAAGUGGCUGGGAAUUGAAAUGGUGCGUCCUCAAAGGGUUGAAAGCCACUAUGGUAUGUUUACUUGCUUCGGGAAAGAAAAAAAGAUUACAAAGCUCUUGUCCGCUAUUUGGGUAAGUUGUGUAUGGAUUCUUUGGAAGAAAAGGAAUGAGAAACGGUUUGAACGUAAGGAAUGGGAGUCAAAGAACAUAGUCAUGGAGAUCAAAAUUAGGACGCGGUGUUGGAAUAAGAUCUUCGGGAUAGUUGGAAUGGAGAUGGAUCUUACAUCUUGGUGCUCAAAUGAGCUGCUCAAAACUAUGCUGUAA